UGUGUUCAUUCCCCUGUCGGGGGUUACCCUGUACCAAUUACUGUGUUCAUUCCCCUGUUCUCCUUCAGGUGAACAUCAUGAGCUUCAUAGCAGAGCUGCUGGGAUGGUUCGAGGUGCAUAAACCUGACUUUGUCAAGCCAUUACUACCUCUAGACCUGACAGAUGCCUCAGGGUUGUUGGACUGCACCAGUCCUGUCAGUGGGAACAGCAACAGUGGCUCUCCCUCCUAUAUCUUCAAACAGCCCUUUGUCCCCAUAUCCUCUCCUGCCUCAUCUGAAGGGAACAUGUGGACCAAGAAACAGAUCCGUCGUCCACUCUCGGCUGUGACCUUCAGUAUUCCAUUCGGCCUGGACAGUGACGUGGACGUUGUCAUGGGCAACCCCGUGCAUUCCGCCAGCACCAACAGCCUGACCGCCGGCGUGCCCGCCAUGAUGACUUCAUCGAGCAGGAUGUCAUCGGGGAUGACACGGGUCCCCUACAGCCCCCCCGAGGACCUCAGUCACCUGGUCAGCGCCUCCAUCCCUCAACGCUCCUCCUGGGGCCCGCACACACACUCACAUCCACCGGCCCUAGGGGAGCUGCCGACAGUCGAGAUCAUCCACACUCCUGGAGGAGAAAGAGGUGGAGGAGGGAAAAGAGGAGAGAAAGGAGAUGGAGGAGGAGGAGGAGGAGGAAGAGGAAGGCCAGAGCCACGCUUGCGUCCAGAAGGAGCUCCUGCAGGUUUCUUCCUUCAUUCUCCUGAAUACGACCUGACCCAGCUCAGCAGCUCCGCCCCCUGCCGCUCCGGAAUGCUCUACCGACCAAUAGGAGGGGAGGGGGGCGGAGGAGAGAAGCGGAGAGUGGGAGGCAGGGAGAAGGGGGAGAAGGGGAGAUCGGAUGGCUCGCGGGACGAUGACUCGGUCCUCCGCGACGGAAGUGUGGACUCAUCGGAAGCUUCCGACGACCUUCCUAGAAACACCCCCGGCAACGUCCGCCCUGGCCACGGUCAUCACGGCAACGGCAGCAUCAGCAGCACCAGUGGCAGCAGCAGCAGCCCGCAGAUGACGAGCUUCGCCGAGCGGCGGGACAGAAGGAGACAGCCGGCCGCACCGGGAGAGGAGUCGGCCAGCACCCGACCACCCCCACGAGGGAAGCACCCCGAGCCGGGUACAGAGGCCUGGGAGCUGGGGGCCCGCCUGGAGGAGAAACGCAGAGCCAUCGAGGCCCAGAAGAGACGCAUAGAGGCCAUAUUCACCAGACACAGACAGAGGCUGGGCAAGACUGCCUUCCUACAGCUGAAGAGAGGAGAAGGAGGAGAGGAGCCUAUAUCUCUGGAGGAGCGUCUCAGCCGCAUGGAGGAGCAGCUGAAAGAGGAGGAGGAGAGAGAAGAGGGAGAGGAGAAAGAUAAGGCAGACGAAGGGAACUCCCGCCCGCAGGCGCGAUUUGAGAAGCAGGUGACGUUUUCCAUCGAUACAAGGAAGGGGGCUGAGAAAGGGGCGGAUAAAUGGGAGGGGCCUGAGCCGGGGGGAGGGGCUGUUCUAGGGGAGUAUAAUGAGGUGGUCCUGAAGCUGAGUGAGGCUCUGAGGUCACUACAGAACGACAUGCAGAAACUGACCCAACAACAACAACAGCUAAUGGGCAAGAAGACCACACCCAAACCCACACCUAAAACUACACCCAAAACCACACCUAAAACUACACCCAAAACAACACCUAAAAGUACACCCAGGACACCACCCAGGACCCCCACUAAGAGUCCGACUAGAACCCCGACCAAGAGCAUCAGUAAGGCGUGGGUGAUUCCUGCAGGCUCCAAACCUCCCACCUCCACUACCUCCCCCUCUCGCAGGGCCCUCCCCCAGCUCUCCUCCAACCCUCCCAAAACCCCCACCUCCACUACCUCCCCCUCUCGCAGGGCCAUCCCCCAGCUCUUCCAACCCUCCCAAAACCCCCAUCUCCUCCUCCUGCCCUGCCCCACGCACAAAGAUCCACUCCUCCUCCCCCCCCGUAGCCCUAAGCACCACCCGCGCCCCUCCCAACCCCACCCCCGCCCAUCUGAGUUGAAGUUCCCUCCUUCCACCCGUGUCCUCACCCCCCCAGCAUGUGGACUCCCUCCCACACCUGCGACGCGUCUCCCCAGCCAGUGCCAGCCCCAGCCCGAGGAGAGUACCUCGGAGACGGGCUCCAGCGAGACGCAGUUCAGCCUGGAGCUGGAGGAGCAGGAGGGUUUAGGGGAGGCCGGCCCGUGUUUCCCCAGCCCAGGAGAGGCCGUUCUGGGGUGGCAGCAGCUCCGGGCCCCCUCCGAGGGCUCCUUUGAGAGCGAGACCCUGUCGCUGUCGGCCGCUUACUGCGGAGGAGGGGAGGGAGGGAGAGGAGGAGGAGCAGGAGGAGGAGGAGGGAAUCGUUGCAGCCUGAUGGAGGUGUCAUUGUCAUCCCUGGGAGGGCAAGAGGGGGGCAGUGACGAGCCAACUGACACAGAAGGACAGGAGUUGUUCUCUGACUCCAUGAGCGACCACACAGAACCUCCAACAGGAGAAACAUUGGAACCUACGGAACCCACGGGAGAACCGAGGGAAUCUACGGGGGAUCAAAUAGAACAGACACAGAACACAGAACUCCGAGAACCCUCAGUGGAACCCACAGAGCAGACGGAACCGGAGGCGAGAGGAGGGCUUGGAUUCUUCUUCAAGGAGGAGGUGCAUUGUGAAGAUGAGAUGGCUCAGAGGAGAGCUGCUCUGUUGGGGAGACAGCAGAAAAGAGCAGAGGACCUGAAGAGGAGGAGACAGUGGAACGAACAGGAGAGAGAGAGCAGACCCCCCUCUGAGGAGGAGGAGCGAAGAGGCUCUCUCCCACAGACCCCUCCCCCGUCCUGCACCCCUCCCCCGCCGCCGGUGUCCCCUCCCUCACCCCCGACCACGCCCAGUCGCCGUGGUGAUUUCACGCGGAAGGAGUACGCCCACCGACAGCAGAUACGCAUCAUGUCUGACCUGGAUAAGGUGCUGCGUCAGAAACACACCAAUCAGGCGAGUCGCCGCCAAGAAGUCCCGCCCCGACCUCGGAGCAUGACCCGGGAGGAGUCACAGCUGUCCCGCAGCCCAGCCAAGAGCACUAUGGGUUCUAAGUUGACUAAGGUGUACUCUCACUCCUCUCUCAACCUGGCUGCUAUGGCUGACCACACCGUCCCUGACAACACCGUCCCUGACCACACCGUCCCUGACAACACUGUCCCUGACCACACCGUCCCUGACCACACCGUCCCUGACCCUAGCAAGAAACCAUCCAGCCGCCCUGAUUCGCCCUCACGUCUGAUGUCACCGAGCCGACUGGCCAAUCAGAACGGAGACAAGGACUGGGAGAUCGGCUCCAAUGGCUCCUCCCCUUCCAUCCCAGAAUACACCGGGCCCAAACUGUUCAAGGAGCCGAGCUUCAAGUCCAAUAAGUUCAUCAUCCACAAUGCUCUGUCUCGCUGCUGUCUGGCUGGCAAGGUCAACGAGACUCAGAAGAACAAGAUGGUGGAGGAGAUGGAGAAGAGUCCAGCCAACCACUUCCUGAUUCUGUUCCGUGAUUCCAACUGUCAGUUCCGAGCCGUCUACACCAUGAGCCCCGAGACUGAUGAGCUCAUCCGAUUGGCCGGGGUGGGCCCGCGUGUUGUAAGCCCCGCCCUGGUGGAGUCCAUCUAUAAGUACAGCUCCGACAGGAAACAGUUCAGCUGUAUCCCGUCCAAGACCAUGUCCAUGAGUGUCGACGCCUUCACCUUACCAGGACACCUGUGGCACAGCAAGAGGCCUGGCAAGCCUAAAUAACCAUGUAUAUACUGUAUAUACAUACCUGUGGCACAGCAAGAGGCCUGGCAAGCCUAAAUAACCAUGUAUAUACUGUAUAUACAUACAGGAAUGGAUACACACACAAACACACACAAACAACUGAAUUACUGUUUGUCCUGCAUGGGACACACUACCCCUCUCGCCCUUCUCAUCGGACCUACUGACUGUUGACGAGGUGCUUUCUCUCCCCUGUAUGUGCAUGGAAAUGGAACAGUCCAACUAUCCACCCUUAUGGAGAUGGCUCUAAGACUCGUCCACACGCGGGGGAUGCUGAAGACCAGUUGUUGUUGUAAAAAUGACCUUUUCAAUCUUAAAUGGCUACACUACACAGAAACAAACUACACAAAAGUGUAUCUUUCUCUUUUUUUUAGUUAAAACGUUCUCCUGUAAAUGUCUGAGGUACAAAAUGAUUGUUUCUCUGAUACCCAUAAACCCUUUGGCCUUAUGUUCUGUUCUGUUCACUACUAGCUGAAAGGCUGGAGGCAUGCUGAUAGCCAUUGUGUAGGUUGACUAACGUUUUCUGUUUUAUAACACGAACACAAUCCUUCUAAUGCCUUCUGCCCAACGACUGGCAGACGCAGGACUUUUAUUAUCCUGCAAACCGGAAGACGUGUUCUUUAAUGUGAAUAGGAGAAAAGAACAGGAGAUGUGUGUUCACCAAAUAGCACAAAAAUCAAAGAUUGUGCAUAGUUGUGACGGACGGGCCAUCACUAAGGCCUAGAUUCAAUCCGAUUCUGCACUAUAGCUCGACUGAAAUUUAAAAGCACUGUUCCCGCAUUCGCCAAGACUGCAUUCUCGACAAACGCUGAAUACGUUGGCCAAAUCGGAAAUGACCUUUAAAUUUC